AUGACUUCUGGAUACGAGGCCCGACCAAGCAAGCUUGCAGAAGACACUCUUGAAAAGACCCAAGGAAAUAUCGACGAUCGGCUCCACCUCAUAGAGAAAAGAGAGCGGGAAAGAAUGGUCGUCCUAGCCUUCAAUCAAUGGAAACAAAAGUAUCCCAGACAAUGCAAUCAGCUGGAUUGCGAAGCUAGCUACCAUGAAGUCGAUGAAGAAUAUGAUGGGACUGAUGGAAAUAACACUGAGGCCGUCCAUGUGCAUUGGCAAGAAGGAGAAACGAAGGGGGCACACGAAACAGAAGGGAAAGGCGGUAAACCCCCUGCAACUUUUGCCAUGAAGACUCGCCGCGAAAAGGUGGCAAAACGUAUUGCGGACGCAAAAAAGGCUAUGCGUUUUGGCUCGGUCGCUGCAGAGGAAAAAAAUUUUCCAAAUUAG